AUGGCGGAGGAGAAGGCGCCGCCCGCCCGCGCCCUGGGCCUCGACCCGCGCCGGGACUACGCCGCCGCCGCCGCCGCCGCCGCGGUGCCCCGACUCCUGCACAGCCUGGCCGACGGCGCGCACGGCCUGGCGGAGGCGCCCCUCGGUCUUCCGGGCCUGGCGGCGGCGCCCGGCCUGGAGGAGCUGCAGGCGAUAGAUGACCCGGCAAUGAGUCUCCUGGACCAAUCCGUGAUCAAGAAAGUCCCCAUUCCCUCCAAAGCUGGCAGCCUCUCCACCCUCUCACUGGCCAAAGACAGCCUGGUUGGCGGUGUCAGCAACCCCAGUGAGAUCUUCUGCUCCGUGCCCGGCCGGCUGUCAUUGCUCAGCUCAACAUCCAAGUACAAGGUGACCGUGGGGGAGGUGCAGCGGCGACUCUCACCUCCCGAGUGCCUCAACGCCUCCCUCCUGGGGGGUGUCCUCCGAAGGGCCAAGUCCAAGAAUGGGGGCCGGUGUCUUCGGGAACGGCUGGAGAAGAUUGGGCUCAACCUGCCAGCUGGCCGUCGGAAGGCAGCCAACGUGACUCUGCUGACCUCGCUGGUGGAAGGAGAAGCUGUGCACCUGGCUCGGGACUUUGGUUAUGUUUGUGAGACCGAGUUUCCAGCUAAGGCAGCUGCUGAGUACCUCUGCCGACAGCAUGCUGACCCUGGGGAACUGCAUAGCCGCAAGAGCAUGCUGCUGGCUGCCAAGCAGAUCUGCAAGGAGUUUGUGGAUUUGAUGGCUCAGGACCGCUCCCCACUAGGCAACAGCCGCCCAGCACUCAUCCUGGAGCCCGGGGUGCAGAGCUGUCUGACACACUUCAGUCUCAUUACUCAUGGCUUCGGUGGGCCUGCCAUCUGUGCCGCCCUUACUGCCUUCCAGAACUACCUGCUAGAGUCACUCAAAGGACUGGACAAGAUGUUUAUAAGCAAUGCUGGCAGUGGGCAUGGAGAAACCAAGGCUUCAGAGAAGGAUGCCAAGCAUCGGAAGUAACUGUCUCUUGUUCCCUAGC